UAAACCCUAACUAGAUUCCGUCCAUCGCAAUGAGCGGAAGACAACAGAUCGAGGCCCAGUUCCUUGAAUUGCAUUUGUCAUCUCCCAAAAUUUUUCGAAGGGUCAGAUUCCAAGCUUAGCACGAAUAGCAGACUGCUAAUUGCAUCAGGGAAAUAGCAGGGAAGUGUUAUGUGUGAGCUCUGGAUCUGGGAGUAGGCAUCAGGGUGAUUAGUGGUGGAGUGAUCCAGUUCGAAGUAAGGUGGAAGCCAAGAAGGUGGCAUAUCUGAGGUACAUGGACUGUAAUGUUGAGGAGGAAAGAGCGGCGUUACGAAUGGAGUACAAGAAGGCACGUAAAGAAGCUAAGUUAGAGGUUACGAGGGCAAAGAAUGCCGCCUUUGAACGCCUCUACAAGGGUAUAGAGGAGAAAGGCGGUGUUAAUCAACUAUUCCGGCUUCCUAAGGUGCGUGAGAGGAAGGCCCGAGAUCUGGACCACGUGAGAUGCAUGAAGGGCAGCGGUGGUAGAGUGUUAGUUGAGACUGCCAAGGUGGCUAAGCGUUGGGGAGAGUACUUUUGUGAACUCUUAAAUGCGGGAGGAGACCAGAGGCUAGUUCUUGAUGAGCUGGGGCAGUUCGAGGCAUCUCGUGACUUUGGGUAUUGCCGGCGCAUUUGCGUGGAAGAGGUGGCUCGGGCUCUUUGCGGGAUGCGUAGUGGGAGAGCUUUGGGACCAGAUGAGAUUCUGGUGGAGUUUUGGAAGCAUGCGGGUCGUGGUGGGUGGGUUUGGUUAACCAAACUCUUCAAUGUUAUCUUCUGGACAACUAUGAUGCCUGAUGAGUAGAGGGAGAGUCUCUUGGUCCCUCUGUUUAAGGGCAAGGGUGACAUUAAGAGCUGCGAGAAUUACAGAGACAUCAAACUGCUUAGCCACACCAUGAAGGUUUGGGAGCGAGUCAUUGAGUAUAGGGUGCAGAAAGGGGUAUGCAUUGAGUAUAGGGUGCGGAAGGGGGUAUGCAAUUCCGAGUGAGAACAUCACUACCCAACACAAGCUACUGGUGAUGGAUGUCAUGAUCAGGUGGGUGAAACAUAUGAGAGCUACGGGUGGCAACACACAAAUCAGGUGGAGGAGACUAAGGGGGGAGAAAAUCUCUGAGUUGAUCAGGCGAGUGCAGAAGAGAGGUGCGUGGGAAUCGGCCGGGGAGGCUACUGAUAUGUGGGCGCAAACUGCAUGAGGGAAACAAUCAGGGAAGUGUUAGGUGUGAGCUCUGGCUCUAGGAGUAGGCAUCAGGGUGAUUGGUGGUGGAGUGAUUCAGUUCGAAGUAAGGUGGAAGCCAAGAAGGUGGCAUAUCUAAGGUACAUGGACUGUAAUGUUGAGGAGGAAUGAGCGGCGUUACGAGUGGAGUACAAGAAGGCACGUAAAGAAGCUAAGUUAGAGGUUACGAGGGCAAAGAAUGCCGCCUUUGAACACCUCUACAAGGAUAUAGAGGAGAAAGGCGAUGUUAAUCAACUGUUCCGGCUUGCUAAGGUGCAUGAGAGGAAGGCCCGAGAUCUGGACGACGUGAAAUGCGUGAGGGGCAGCGAUGGUAGAGUGUUAGUUGAGACUGCCAAGGUGGCUAAGCGCUGGGGGGAGUACUUUUGUGAACUCUUAAAUGCGGGAGGAGACCAGAGGCUAGUUCUUGAUGAGCCGGGGCAGUCCGAGGCGUCUCGUGUGUAUUGCCGACGAAUUUGCCUAGAAGAGGUGGCUCGGGCUCUCCGCGGGAUGUGUAGUGGGAGAGCGUUGGGACCAGAUGAGAUUCCGGUGGAGUUUUGGAAGCAUGCGGGUCAUGGUGGGUGGGUUUGGUUAACCAAACUCUUUAAUGUUAUCUUCCAGACAGCUAGGAUGCCUGAUGAGUGGAGAGAGAGUCUCUUGGUCCCUCUGUUUAAGGGCAAGGGUGACAUUCAAAGCUGCGAGAAUUACAGAGGCAUCAAACUGCUUAACCACACCAUGAAGGUUUGGGAGCGAGUCAUUGAGUAUAGGGUGUGGAAAAGGGUAUGUAUUUCUGAGAACCAGUUUGGUUUCAUGCUUGGCAGAUUGACUACAGAGGCCAUUCACCUCGUGCGGAGGUUAAUGGAAGAGUAUAUGGCUAGGAAGAAGGACCUUCAUAUGGUGUUUAUUGAUCUUGAGAAGGCGUACGAUAGGGUGCCAAGGGAUGUUUUAUGGAGGUGCCUUGAGUCGAGAGGAGUUCCCAUUGCGUACACUCGCGCGAUCAAGGAUAUGUACGGUGGGGCUAGGACUAGGGUGAGGACCUCCGGGGGCAACUCUGAGUCAUUCUCAAUAGGGAUGGGGUUGCACCAGGGGUCUGCCCUGAUCCCUUUUUUGUUCACCUUGGUGAUGGACGUCCUGACACAAAGUGUUCAAGAAGGGGUCUCAUGGUGCAUGCUUUUUGCAGAUGAUAUUGUGAUUAUCGACGACACGCGUGAGGGACUAAACGAUAAGUUGGAACUAUGGCACAUUGCCCUUGUGACCAAUGGAUUCAGAAUAAGUAUGAACAAGACAGAAUACAUGGAAUGUCGUUUCAGCGGUCGGAAAACGGAAUCGGAAGUGGAAGUUAGGAUUUACUCUCACCUAGUGCGUAAGGUAGACAAGUUUCGAUAUCUUGGCUUGGUAAUUUAGGCUGAUGAGGAGUUAGACGGGGAUGUUGGACAUCGUGUUGGAGUGGCUUGGGCCAAAUGGCGGUUGGCUUCAGGGGUGUUGUGUGAUCCGAAGAUUUCGCCCAGGAUGAAAGGUAAGUUCUACCAAUCCGUAGUCAGACCUGCUAUGUUAUAUGGGCAGAGUGUUGAGCGGUUAAGAAGACUCAUGUGCGUCAUCUGCAUGCGGCGGAGAUGCAGAUGUUACGAUGGAUGUGUGGGAAGACAAGGUUGGAUAGGAUUUUGAACGAAGUUAUCCAACGUCAGUUAGGCAUGGCGCCGGUGGAUGAUAAGCUGCGGGAAGCGAGGUUGAGAUGGUUUGGUCAUGUGAGGCGGCGGAAUGCUGACGCCCGUGUACGGAGAUGCGAGAGGAUUACGGUUGUCGGGGGAAGUUUUUGUUGCCCAUUUGAUAAAAUAAUAUAGUCACAUCACCUCUAAUUUUUUUAAAAUUUUUAAUGUAGGUUUUAAAUAAUGAAAUUUGCAUUAAAUAGUACUAAAAUAUAUAUGUCUUUUCUCAAUGUAGUACUUAGAUUUUUUUAUUGAAUAGUACUUGAAUAAUGUCUAUGUCAGAAA